AUGAUAGCGAACCAUGUCCUUGUUAAUAUUUUGAGGGGUCCACGGGGAAGAAACUUAAAUUGGGUUAUGGCACAUGAAUUAGGCCAUGCAUUAGGCCUUCCUCAUAGCGAACAUGAAUCUUUGAUGGCAUCACAUUAUCAAGGAUUCUUCGAUACAGUACCAAAACUGUUCCCCACUGAUAUUUCUGCUAUACAAUCACUGUAUGGUUCGUUCGAACUCAGACUUCUAAACAUUCGUUCAAGCAACUACGAAAGCACACUGCUCACAAACUUUUUUUUCUGA